CGGCCGGGCUGCGGGACUCGUGUGUGUUCCUGCUGUUGACGGCGUGUUUGGGAGAGCGGAGGCCUAGCGGAGAGUUAUUAUUAUCACUAAUAAUUCUGAGAUCCGCUGUUCCUAAUCUUUUGUCAGUAUGGGGAAGCUGAAUGUGGUGGUGCUGAGAUAUCUGUCCCGGGAGGAUUUCAGGGUUCUGACCGCCGUGGAAAUGGGGAUGAAGAACCACGAGAUCGUACCGAUGAGCCUGAUCUCCUCCAUCGCCUCUCUGAGACACGGGGGCUGUAAUAAAGUGCUGAGGGAGCUGGUUAAACACAAGCUCUUAGCUUAUGAACGAUCCAAAACUGUGCAGGGCUACAGAUUAAAUUAUGGGGGCUAUGAUUACCUGGCUCUGAAGACACUGUCAUCCAGAGAUGUCAUUCUGUCUGUUGGGAACCAAAUGGGAGUUGGUAAAGAAUCAGAUAUUUACAUAGUAGCGAAUGCUGAAGGGGAACAGUUUGCUCUGAAACUCCAUCGGCUUGGAAGAACAUCGUUCAGGAACCUGAGGAAUAAGCGAGACUACCACAAACACAGACACAAGAUGUCCUGGCUCUACCUGUCCCGGCUCUCCGCCAUGAAGGAAUACGCCUACAUGAAGGCGUUGUAUGACCGGGGCUUCCCAGUUCCAAAACCAGUGGACUACAACAGACAUGCUAUUGUUAUGGAGCUCAUAAACGGAUAUCCUCUGUGUCAGGUGCGGGAGAUUGAAGACCCUGCUUCGUUGUACAGUGAAAUCAUGGAGCUGAUCGUGAAACUGGCUAAUCAUGGACUGAUCCAUGGGGACUUUAAUGAGUUCAACUUGAUGCUUGAUGACCGUGAUCAUGUGACCAUGAUCGACUUCCCACAGAUGGUGUCCACUUCCCAUCAAAAUGCAGAAUGGUACUUUGACCGUGAUGUCAAGUGCGUAAGAGAUUUCUUCAUCAAACGAUUCAACUAUGAAAGUGAAUUGUACCCAACAUUUAAAGAUAUCAGAAAGGCCUGCUCGCUUGAUGUGGAGAUCUCAGCCAGUGGUUACACAAAAGAGCUGCAGCAGGACGACCAGCUUCUCCACCCAGUUGGUCCAGAAGGUGAAGACAGUCAGAGUGGUGAUGAGGAGGCUGAUGAUCCCCUAGCACCAGAGCUGGCCUCCGAGGAGCCUAUUGACAUUGAAGAGUACAAACAUGCCAUGCUGGAACUUGAGGGGCUGAAGAUCAGUGAAGAGACUUUAUCAGGACAGAAAGAGGAAGUGGAACACGAGGACACUAGCUCUGCUCCUGACGUCUGCUCCGGGAACGUUCAGAAUGAAGUUACAGACAGUCCCAAACACUUGCAGAGCGAAGAGGAGCUUGAGAAUGAGGAUGAGGACGAGUGCCCGGACUUAGUUGAUCUUUCAGCUUGCAACAAAGAAUUCAAGCCUUUCAGAGAUGAAGACAGUAUGCUUCACAUUAAUGAACACAGGCGAAGAACAUCUAGUGAAACGUCCAUCGGAAGUGUUGCCAGCUGCUCCACGAUUCCCCCAGAAGUGAUCAGACAGAAAGUCAGGAGACAGCUCACAAAGCAGCAAAAGGCCGCUCAGAGACGACGCCUACAAAAAGGGGAGGCCAACCUGGUGACCAAGGAGAGGAGAGAGAACCUGAACAACAUCAAGGGCAGCUUAGAGGCUGCUCAGUUCUGGGGCUGAAGAUACUGGAGGGCAUUAUGCAGUCAAUGAAGAUUUCCUACCAGCAGCUUACAGUCAUUACACUCUGUCCCAGUGUUUCCUGAACUGAUCUGAACAGUCAUUAAAGGAGGAGGAGAACAGUUUCUAUAGACUUGCAGCAUAGACUUUAAGGUUUGGCCCUAAACAUAAAAAAACAUUAUGAAAACAUGAAUUGUAACAUGCGUCUAAGAUUAUAGACCUGAUUUGCGUACUGCCCCCUGGGAUUUAAUGAUGUCUAAUGCUGGGUCAGUGCUCUGAGCCUCAGAGUUUCCUCAGAAACUGGCCUCAUUAUGGUGACACUGGGAUGUUGCCUCUGCUAUAUUGUGUAGGAACUUAAUAAACUCUUUUUGUUGAAUUUA